AUUGAAAAACAAAUAGCCCGUGCCAAAGUUCAAUUAUUAAAUAACUUUGAAAAUACUAAUUUAAAACUUUAAACCAUGUGAAGAAAUAGAUUGUUUAAACUUGUAGGCAGCCAGAUCACGUCAAUACUGAUUGUAGUUACACUCUGGCUCCUAGUUAUAGAACUGCACUCAAAGAACGCUGUGUAGAAACUGCGCAAGCUUAAACCAAAAGUUUAAAAAAGUUUUAUAGCAGACAAUAUUCACUAUGCAGGAAGUGCUUUCCUGCAAAUAAAAGUUUGUUCAAAAACAAACAAUAAAGUAACUUUUAAUUGCACAGUAUAGCCAGGGUGUAUACCCAGUUUUGUUUACCUCGGAGUUUGUCGCGAGCUCUCUCCCAUCAUUUAUGCUCCAACUAUCAAGGGAAGAAAACAUGGAAAGUGAGCAGAAAAAGUUGGAUGAAGGUCUUGAAGCAUUCGCAUGGACUAAAAGAAUAUCAAGAAUUAUGGGACUUUGGCCUUUAGCUCCCAAUUAUUAUUUAUUUUACUUUCACGUACUAUAUUUUAGUUGUGCAAUAAUUCUCCAAGUGAUAGAUCUUUAUGGAUCAAUUGACGACGCAGAUAAGCUUAUUGAUAACUUCACUGAGAAUUUAGCUUCAACGAUCGUCUACGUGCGAAUUGUGAUGCUUCGUGUGCAUAAUUAUCAAACUGGAAAAUUACUGUCUCAAGUAAUUGAAGAUUACAAUGUCAAUGUUUUUAAAAACUCUUAUGAAAUUGAAGUGUUUAUGAAGUAUGUUAAUAAGGGUAGAUUUCUUUUAAAAGGUUUGAGUAUUUUUAUUAUUUCUUCAGAGUUUUUUUAUUACCUCGAUCCAUUGUUAUCUUCAUUGUCGGAUGGUCACCCGGUUGAUGAAAAUAAUCAGACGGUAUUUAUCAUGCCUUACACCAUUUAUUAUCCUUGGGAAGUAAACACUUCGACGCGUUAUUAUUUAACGUACUUGCCGUUUGGACUAUUGGCUUUUUUCAUGGGCUUCGGAGGCUCAACGGUGGAUUGCAUUUUAAUAUCCUUGGUUUUUUCAAUUAGCGGGAAAUUGGCUGUAUUGACAGUGAGAAUCAAAACGCUUUAUGGCGGCCCGGAUUCCAGAAAAAAGCUUAAUGAAAUAAUCGCCGAGCACAGUCGAUUAUUAAAAAUGGGAGCAGUAGUUAGGAACAUCCAUAGAGCUGGCUUGUUGCUGUACUUAAUAAAUAUCCAGUUUUUAAUAUGUGUAAUUGGCUAUCAAGUGUUAAUAUGUUACAUGACUGGCCGAGAGUCGGAAGCUAUUAAGUAUAUUCUUUACAUCUUACAAAUGUAUCUUAUAUUGGUUAUUUAUUGUGUUAUAAGUGAAUAUCUUACUGACGAGAGCCUCAAUUGUUUCGAAGCGUUCUACAAAUGUUCUUGGUAUACUUUGAUGAUAGAUUGUCGCAAAGAUAUUCUUUAUUGUGUUAAAAGGUCUCAAAAACCUUUGGGACUAGAUGCUGGAAAAUUUGCGACCUUCAGCAUUAUAAUUCUAACAGCCGAUCAGGAAACAUUGAAGAAAGGUUUUAAGAUAUUGAAAUGGUCGAAAACAUUUUCAAAAGUCAUUGGCCUGUGGCCGUUAUCAUACAAUCCUUAUUUAUUUGGUAUAGAUAUGUAUAAAUCAUUCGGCAAUACUGACAAGCUGGUUGAUAAUGCGACGAUGACUGUGAUAAUUGUGGUCGUAUACGUCCGUAUGUUAUUUUUCCGUAUCAACAUUUCUAGUCUUGAUGAAAUAUAUGCCCAAGUGUUAAAAGAUUACAACGUCAGUGAUUUUAAAAAUUCCGAAGAAAUUGAAGUAUUUAUGCAGUUUAUUAAUAAAGUAUUAUCAUUAACUUGCAUUUAUAACAAUUCAUACUUGUUGAUUUCUUCCAAUUGCUUUUUAAAUUUUAUUACAGCUGAGUUCUUCAUUGAUGAUAACAAUCAAACAAUAUUUAUCAUUCCUUACUCAAUUUAUAUUUUCUAUGAAAUAAAUACCUUGACGCGUUAUUAUUUGACAUUCUUAACCCUUUUGCCAACGAUUUGGAUCUUUGGGUUCGGAACUAUGUCAGUGGAUUCCAUUUUGAUUUCUCUGCUCUUUUAUAUCAAUGGAAAGAUGGCUGUGUUGACAAUGAGGAUUGACGCGCUCGAAAACGGCCCUAAUUCCAGGAAGGAACUUAAUAAAAUAAUCGCCGAGCACUGUAAAUUAUUGAAAAUGGGAAAUGGCGUUAAAGAUGCUUACAGUGCUGGAUUACUCGUUUACUUAGUGAAUACCAAUGUGAUAAUCUGCAUUGUUGGCUAUCAAAUUUUGAUAAAUUUCAUGGCGGGAGGCCAAAAAGCAGAGUUAGUUCGACUUAUUCUGUUAAUGAUGCAAAUGUAUGCGAUGUUAAAUAUUUAUUGUAUGAUUAGUGAACAUAUGACUGCUGAGAGUCUGAAGUGUUGCGAAGCAUUUUACAACAUUCGCUGGUACAAUUUGCCGAUUGAUUGUAGUAAAGAUAUUGUUUUCUGUAUUGAACGUUCCCAACAACCGCUGGCACUUUGGGCAGGUCAAUUUACAACAUUUAGCAGCGUUACUCUGACAGACGUGACAAAGGCUGCAUUGAGUUACUUGUCAGUUCUUCGCAGCUUCAUGAUUGCCGACGAUCAAGAUCAGGAAGCGUUGAAGAAAGGUUCUGAGAUAUUCAAAUGGCCGAAAAAAAUUUCGAAAGUCAUUGGUCUGUGGCUUCUAUCGCUGAAUCCUUAUUUAUUUGGUAUAGGUGCAUGUUAUUAUACUAUUUACGUGGUUUUAGCAUUGUUAGAUAUGUAUAAAUCAUUCACCAAUACUGAAAUGUUGAUUGAUAACGUUUCGGAGACUUUGGGAAUUACAAUGGUAUACACCCUUAUGUUAUUGCUUCGCUUCAACAUUUCUAACCUUGGUGAAAUAUAUUCGCGAAUAUUCGAGGAUUACAACGUCAGUGAUUUCGAAAAUUCUCAAGAAAUCGAAGUAUUUACGCAGUUUAUCAAUAAAGGCAUAUUUUUGGUGAGAGGAUUCGCCAGUUUCAUGAUAGGAACCGAAUUCGUUUGGUACUUCAGUUCAUUAGCAGCAACACCUGAGUUCUUCAUUGAUGAUAACAAUCAAACAAUAUUUAUCAUUCCUUACCCUAUUUAUAUUUCCUAUGAAAUAAAUAGCUUGACGCGUUAUUAUUUGACAUUCGUAACCCUUAUGCCGACGAUUUGGAUCUUUGGCUUUGGAAAUGUGUCAGUGGAUUCCAUUUUGAUUUCUCUGCUCUUUUAUAUCAGUGGAAAGAUGGCUGUGUUGACAAUGAGGAUUGACGCUCUCGAAAACGGCCCUAAUUCUAGGAUGGAACUCAAUAAAAUAAUCGCCGAGCACUGUAAAUUAUUGAAAAUGGGAAAUGGCGUUAAAGAUGCUUACAGUGCUGGAUUACUCGUUUACUUAAAUUUCAUAGCAGGAGGUCAAGAAGUAAAGAUAAUUCGAUUUGGUCUGUUCAUGAUGCAAGUAUAUGCGAUGUUAAGUAUUUAUUGUAUAAUCAGUGAACAUAUGACUGCUGAGAUUGCUCACCAGGAUCAGGAAGCAUUGAAGAAAGGUUCUGAGAUAUUUAAAUGGCCGGAAAAAAUUUCAAAAGUCGUUGGUCUGUGGCCUUUAUCGCUGAAUCCCUAUUUAUUUAGUAUAGGUGCAUGUUAUUAUACUUUUUAUCUGGUGCUAGCAAUAAUAGACAUGUAUAAAUCGGUCACCAAUACUGAAAUGUUCAUCGAUAAUAUUACGGAGACUUUGGGAGUUGUGCUCGUAUACGUCCGUGUGUUAUUGCUUCGCUUCAACAUUUCUAAUCUUGGUGAAAUAUAUUCGCAAAUAUUCAAGGAUUACAACGUCAGUGAUUUCGAAAGUUCUGAAGAAAUCCAAGUAUUUUUGCAGUUUAUUAAUAAAGGUAUAUUUUUGUUGAGAGGAUUCGCCACUUUUAUGUUAGGAACUGAAUUCGUUUGGUACUUCAGUUCAUUAGCAGCAACACCUGAGUUUCUCAUUGAUGAUAACAAUCAAACAAUAUUUAUCAUUCCCUACAAACUUUAUAUUUUCUAUGAAAUAAAUAGCUUGACACGUUAUUAUUUGACAUUCGUAACCCUUAUGCUAACGAUUUGGAUCUUUGGCUUCGGAAAUGUGUCAGUGGAUUCCAUUUUGAUUUCUCUGCUCUUUUAUAUCAGUGGAAAGAUGGCUGUGCUAACAAUGAGGAUUGACGCGCUCGAAAACGGCCCUAAUUCCAGGAAGAAACUCAAUAAAAUAAUCGCCGAGCACUGUAAAUUAUUGAAAAUGGGAGAUAGCGUUAAAGAUGCUUUCAGUGCUGGAUUACUAGUUUACUUACUAACUACCAAUUCUAUAAUCUGCAUUCUUGGCUACCAAAUUUUAAUAAAUUUUAUAGCGGGAGGCCAAGCAGUAGAGAUCAUUCGAUUUGGUCUAUUCUUAAUGCAAAUGUAUGCUAUGUUAAGUAUUUAUUGUAUGAUAAGUGAACAUAUUACUGCUGAGAGUCUGAAAUGUUGCGAAGCAUUUUACAACAUUCGCUGGUACAAUUUACCGAUUGAUUGUAGUAAAGAUAUUGUUGUCUGUAUUGAACGUUCCCAACAACCCCUGGCACUUUGGGCAGGUCAAUUUACAACAUUUAGCAGCGUUACUCUUACAGACGUGACAAAGACUGCGUUGAGUUACUUAUCAGUUCUUCGCAGCUUCAAGAUUGCUGAGUAGAAUUUAUCUAUAAAUAUCUUAUAAUUUCUUGACAAAAAAUGUA